AUGGAUAUGGAUCUUUGGGGCCUGGCCUGGCCUGGACUUCUGCUGCUGCUGCUGCUGCUGCAACGCAGCGUCAGCGUCGACGGCGCAAAACAUUUUGCCGUCGUUGUCUUUACAACUGAAUCCACAUAUCGUCAGCGCAUUGAGCAGUCUUUUGUUCCAGCUCGAUCGAUGUUUCCCGUCAUCCGUUCUGUCCAUCUGUCAAUUGCAUUUAAAGCAAAUAUCGCCCAUAAGCAAUGGGCUAUAAUAAAGUACAAAUACAUGCACCGUGCAACAACAAAAGAUUGGUUACGUUUGCACUUCCAGCAUAGACUGGCAGCGCUUAUUUCGGUCUUAUCGUCAUUGGAAAUGCUUGACAAUAAAUUAGAUUUUGUGCAAAUUCUCCCGUCCGAUCGAUCCACUCAAUGGUGUCCGUCCGCCAUGAUGGGGCAAAUAAUGGACGUAUUCCCUUCCAGAAGAAAUACACCUCGGGCAAAUCGCAGGUUCGUGUGA